AUGGCUCUCCCACCAAAGUUCUCCGGUCAGCUUCUGGCCUCGGCCUCCAGCAAUGAAGCAAAGCACACCAUCGAGCUUUACUUGGACUAUGUCUGUCCCUUCUCGGCGAAGUUGUUCAAGACCUUCUACAAGAGCGUUGCACCCGUCAUUGAGAAGAAGUACACCAAUCCUGGCGUCCGCGUCAUCUUCCGUCAACAGAUCCAGCCCUGGCAUCCUUCUUCUACCCUCGUUCAUGAAGCCGGUGCUGCCGUUCUGAAGACCGCGCCCAACUCCUUUUGGUCGUUUUCGGAAAAGCUGUUCGAACAACAAAAGGAUUAUUUCGAUGUCAGCCUGGUGAAUGAAAGUCGGAACGAGACGUACAAGCGGCUUGCUAAGCUGGCCGGCUCUGUGGAAGGGGUGGACGAGAAGACCAUUUUGGACUUGUUGUUGGUCCCCGACAAGCCAGACAAGGACGGCGGACUCAACAUCGGGAAUAAGGUCACUGACGACGUCAAGUUCAUGGUCAAGGCGAACAGAGUUACCGGUGUCCAUGUCACGCCAACUGUCCUGUUCAAUGGCGUAGAGGAACGCAGCAUCAGUUCCGGUUGGACGAUAGAGCAAUGGGAGGAGUGGCUGCAAAAGAACGCGAGUUGA